CAUGUUCGUCAUCGGCGGCGGGUGAAGGAAGCAAAAGCAUAACAAGAGGUCAAUCAAAUCACUCCACGUCUCCACCUUAAUUUCCUCGAAGAAUAGUCACAGAACCCACCACAAUUCACAAAGCUCUACCUACUACCCUCUUGCAAUUCCUCAAUUUGAUUUCUUGAAUUGCUUGAUCAAUCAAUGGUACUGGUGUAGUGUGAUGGGCUGAACAAAUUUGUUAGGUUUUCCCCAAUUUAUUGUUUCGAUUUUCAAUGUCAACAAGAUGAUGAAACCCAUGUUUGAGUCUGGAAACCAAGAUGCUGAUGAUGGUAGUGGAGACACUAAUGGGAAUAAUGGUGAGCAGCUGCUGCAUGACAUUGAAGAAAUAAGCAAAGCUCUUUACUUGCACAAUACCCCUUUUAAGGCUUCAUUCUCCUCGGUCGAUAAUCGAUCUAAGUCUGCUGGAAAGACUCGUGUGUCGAAACGUCAAGUUGACUCUACCACGAGGUUUCGAAGAGAAGAUCUGUUUCCCAGGGACAAGAAGUUUUUGUCUUCAGCAUGGAUCUGGAAGAAGCCCUUGAAGGCUUUGGCCCAUGUUGGUCAUCAAAAGUUUAAUUGUUGCUUUAACCUUCAUGUCCACUCAAUUGAGGGGUUGCCGUUGAAUUUCAAUGGCAUUAGCUUAAGUGUGAACUGGAAAAGGAAGAGCAGCAUUUUACGGACGCGCCCGGCAAGGGUUCUCAAGGGAGCUGUCGAGUUCAACGAAACUUUGACACAUAGAUGUUCUAUUUAUGGUGGCCGCACAGGGUCUGGUCACGCUCUCAAGUACGAGUCCCGGCGUUUCUUGAUUUAUGCUUCCAUUGUUGGGGCACCUGAACAUGACCUCGGGGACCACCAUGUUGAUGUCACAAGGAUUUUACCUCUGACUUUAGAAGAGUUAUUGGGUGAUAAAAGAUCAGGGGCAUGGAGCACUAAUUUUAGGUUGGCAGGAAAGGCUUUAGGAGCUAGCUUAAAUGUUAGUUUCAGUUAUCAAGUGAUGAAUGAUGAGUUGAUCGGACUUGGUGGCAAUAAUCUGAAUGAUCAUAACCUUAGUAACUUAAAUGUUAUGGGUUGUACUCCUAGCAAUAGGGAAGUAAAGCUUUGGCAAGGUGGGAGUUUUCCACAUGAUGUAUAUAAUGGAUCGGUCCUCCCUUCUCAUUCCAAUGGUGAUAUGUUACCCCAUGAAGCAUUGUUGAAAUCUGGCUUUAGUAUUUCCAAAUCAAUGACUAUACUAUAUCAAAAACUUGAUGAGGGGAACUUCCAUACUUCAGAAUCAGAAGACUCAGAACAUUUGGAACCACUUAAAUCCCAAAUUCUUCUGAAACCAGACUCACCUCGAGAAUCAAAUCUAGACGACUCUGAUGAUACUGAAUUUUCCAUUACUGAACAAGGAAUAGAAACACUAGAAGAGGAUUCCUUGAAACUUGAUCAGACAGGAGUUCAAACAUUUGAUAUGUCAACAGUCGAAAUCAUUGAUGUGGAUGAGAUUCUUAAGGAUGAUGACAUAUUUGAUGAGAAUAACACAAGCUUUGAUUCAAUGGAUGCCAUAUGCAGUAGUUAUGUGAAUGGGGCCAUAGCAGAUGACAGCAAACAUAUAUGCAUGAAGAUUGUGGAUACAGUUCCUGAGACAUCAGAUUCUUUUGGCAAAGAACACUACUUGAGUAUUAAAUCAAAUUAUAAAUCACAUAAAAUGGCAAAAAAAUCACAUAGCUUGGAUGAUAUCAUUGAAUCCGUUGCGGGUGAUUUCCUAAACAUGCUGGCCAUGGAGAAUGGUUCAUUCGGCUCAGGUUGUGGUGGUGAUCCCCAGUCUCCCAGAGAGCAGCUUUUGAGACAGUUUGAACAAGAAGCACUAGCUUCAGGUGAUUUUACUUUUGACUUUGAUGCCAAUGGGGAGGAAUUGGGGACAGAUACACUUGAAGAUGGCUUCGGGUAUAGUGCCGAGGAUUCUGAUUUGUCUUCAAUUAUUCAAGCUGCUGAAGAGGAGUAUGCAACAGAGCACCAGUCAAUAAUGCAGAGAAGGAAGGCCAAACUUCUUGAAGAUUUGGAGACUGACUCAUUGAUGCAACAAUGGGGUUUAAAUGAGAGGGACUUUGAAAAUUCUCCGCGAACUUGGUCUGGUGGGUUUGGAAGCCCAAUUGAACUGUGUGACAAUGAACCAUCCAUGCUGCCUUCAAUUGGACAAGGACUUGGUUCAUUUGUUCAAACUAGGGGUGGAGGAUUUUUGAGGUCCAUGCGCCCUUCCCUCUUCGUGAAUGCUAAAAAUUGCGGAAACCUCAUCAUUCAGGCUUCUAAUCCAGUUGUUCUACCUGCGAAAAUGGGUAACGACAUAUUGGAGAUACUGCUGCAUGUGGCAUCUUCUGGAGUUGAAGAUCUGUGUGAUCAUAUCUAUAAAUUAAUGCCUUUGAAAGAUAUCACUGGAAAAUCCAUCAAGCAUAUUUUGCGGGAUCAUAGAACCCCCAAGGGGGCUCUUCAGAGACAGGGAUCAUGGGAAGAUUUGUUUGAAGAAUGUCCACAAGGUUAUUUAACAGACGAAAGCAUGGGUUUGGAUUUUGUGCCUCUAGAAGCUAUAGCUCCUAUGACUAUUGAUAAGAUUGAAGCCCUUUUGAUAGAAGGGUUGAGAACACAGUAUGACAUGUCGAACGAGCAGGCACCAUCAUACAUCCAUUCGCAACAUACAAACACGCCUGACUUUGGAGACAUAAGAGCCAACAUGAGAAGGUAUCCCACAUUAGAAAAAGUUACUAAAUUGCAGUUAGAAGAUAGUGGUGAAAUUUACAAUGAUGUUGAUGGAUUGAUGGGUCUGUCACUAACAUUGGACCAGUGGUUGAGGUUAGAUUCUGGCAUUAUCGAUGCAGAUCAGAAUUUGGGGAAAAUGUUGAAGAUCCUUAAAGCACACCAUUGUAAAAUCCCAGAAAUAGAUGAUGACAGGUUGAAAAAUGCAGUGGACGAGGUAAAAACGUGCGGCGAAAAGCACGGACUCCUGGGGAAUCACAUAACAGUGGCUUUUAUGAUCCAGCUUAGAGAUCCACUGCGAAAUUAUGAACCGGUUGGCGUUCCAAUGCUGGUUUUAACUCAUGUGGAAAGAGCUGACACACAUGCUAUGCAGCAAGACCACAGCAACUUUCUUGCGAGACAGGAAAAGGGAAUGGAGGAUGACGAAACCUCUCGGUUCGGAUUUAGAAUCAAGGAGAUUGAUCUUGCAGGAAUCAUUACCAAAGCUGGAAAGACGCACCUUUGGGGUACAGCGGCUCAGCAGCAAUCUGGGUACCGUUGGUUGCUUGCGAGUGGCGUGGGGAGUACUGUCAAACAUGCAUCUUCAAAAUUGAAGGCAAUUGUUAGAUCUUCUCCAUUGAUUACCAAGAAGCUGCUGAAUCAGGAUGUACUUUGGAGCAUUUCUUAUGUUGAUAACAACAUGAGGACUAAUGGUAAAGAGUUGGCAGCUGAAAAUGUACACAUUCGGAACCCUGAUGUCCUCUUUCCAAGUUGAACUAUAUCAAAUCAUUUUACAAUUCUGUUUUAACCAAUUUCAUAAAUUUCUCCAUGUAGAUAGUUAUACGGGUACAUCCACCAAGUGUUAAGUCUAUAAGAGUCAGUUAGCUCAAUUUUUUUUUUUGUUAUUAAUCAUAUUGAAUCUUCUGGCUUCCUGGGAAAUGACCCUUUUUUCUUUCAAUAUCCCUUUCUGUUUUUGGAGAUGUACAUACAUGCACUCAAAUUUAAGGAAUAGAGUAGAGUUAUCUGGUA